GCAUUAAGAGGAUGGAAGAAACCCGCCCUGAUGGUGUUGUGGACUGUGUGACGGAGUGCCCUCUGACACACUUUGAUGAUAACAACGUGUGCAAAAAAUGCAGCAGCUUUUGUAAAGACGUCAGUAAUGAAGGGAAAAGGACCUGCUCCGGACCUGCUUCAACAGACUGUGGCACCUGCAAGUAUCAAUAUGAGGGACGCUGUGUAGAAGGAUGUAGACCUGGACAGAAAGCUGUGAAGGCUGAUAACAACAAUACCUUCACCUGCCGCAAAUGUCGUCCCGGCCAUGAGUGUAAGCUGGGGGACGAGCAGGAAGACAUCUGUCCAGCGGGAACGGCCAGUAACGACAACAGGACAAUGUGCGUGCCGUGUGCAGCAGGGGAGUUUAGCAGCGCUCCGGGAGCGGCGUCCUGUCAGAAGUGUCCUGCCGGACAAUACAGUAGCCCAGCGGGGUCAAACGGCUGCAAGGACUGUCCUGUCGGACAAUACGGCAAUGCAGCAGAGUCUACGGGUUGUAAGAUUUGUCCUGCCGGGCAGUACAGCGAUACAGCAAGAUCCACGGGUUGUAAGGACUGCCCUGCCGGGAAGUACAGCGAUGCAACCAAGUCGACCGGUUGUAAGAACUGUCCUGCCGGACAAUACAAUAGCAGAACGGGGUCAAACCGCUGUUGGGACUGCCCUGCUGGACAAUACAUGACCAGAGCUGGCUCAGCCACCUGUUGGGACUGUCCUGCUGGAAGAUACAGCAAUAGAGUUAGAUCCACGACUUGCACUCCCUGUCCUGCAGGGCAAUACAGCAGCGGAACGAGGUCUACGGGGUGCACCAACUGCCCUGGUGGAAUAUUCACCAGCACCGCGGGGUCUCAAAGAUGCACUGCCUGUCGUUAUGGGGGGACGUCGAACGCAGCGGGUAGACCUGCUUGCCAAGGUAGUACACGACUUUCAUCUCGAGUUUGUGAAGAUGAGACAAUGUCCUUGUCUUGUAACUAUGGUCUGGAGAUACAAGUACAUUAUGCCAUGUACGGUCGUAAAAACGGUAGCACCUGUAAGAAAGGUUGGCUACUCACCCACGACUGCGCCAGUUCAAACAGUCUGUCAAAAGUCCGAGAAUAUUGCCAGGGUCGUCGCACUUGCUCUAUCCAGGCAUCAAAUAGCGUGUUUGGAGAGCCCUGCUUUGGCACAGCGAAGUAUCUCGAAGCCACGUAUACUUGUAUCGGCACUCCCUGAGGUGGCCGGAAUCAGCUUGCAGUGAAAAUGUCAACGGAACUUCACAAGAGAGAUGAGAAAAUUCCCUCACAUAGUUUAAUUUAGUAAAAUAGUAGCUUUAUUCUUAAGAAUUGCUUCUCGUUCUAUUUGCAUUUUGCUUAGCCCGUUUGAAAUAUUCAUGGUUGCAUAAAAAGCUCUAAUAUUUUACGAGAAAGCAUGCUCCAGCUCCUGUAAGGUCCUAUAGGACUCUCCCCGUCGUCUAUAGAAAAACUGCACUACGGUUGUCCUCUACUCGUAGCAUCAUUACCCUUAGCAUAAUGCUAUAUUUUAGGCAUCCUUUCUGAGUAAACUUGCUCAAUAGUGGCUUUAUAGAUCUGGUCUAUAUUUAAAUUCAGUCUUAAGCUACUGUUCUGGUUUUGCAGAUAAUAUUUUCCUGAAUCCCAAAAUGUUGGGAAGUACAUUAGUUGACAUUAUGGUUUGCCUAGGCAGCAGUAGUAUCAUACAGCACCAAUAUCCUGGUAUCCUGACAUCAAUAUCCUAGUAAACAUUGGUGUGGGUGGAGAUACACUACUCAGUUAACGGAUUAUAAAAAAAGUCAAUUUCCUGUUAAUUUGUGACUAAUUAUAAGUUUUUUUUUUAAUUCCCACUGAAUUUUCUUUUAGAAAAUAAUAUACCACUUUGCCCUUGAGACUGUCUUUAAUUUAGAAGGUGAAAGCGAUUAGAUCCCAUUAUUUUUGUUAAUUGUUUACAAUGACCUUUUAUUAUUCUUGAGGGUAUGUUUGGUUAAGGGUGCAAUCUCUGUACACGGUCUUUUUACGUUCUUUUUAGCUGUAGUAGGUACAAACUAUGGUACCUUUAAAUCUCCGGUUUGUAGUUCACAGGGGUGUGUUUACGUUACUCAGGCUCCUUUUUGUAUCAAGACAGGUGUGCUUCGGUAGUUUUACAGCAUUUGUAGCCGGACAUUAAUAUUCAUGAGAGCGUUGGUAAUUUUUGUUUUAUAUAAACCAUUAUAUAUCCUAAACGGGGCACUUGGUAACAUUCGGAGUGUUUUAAUUGAACAUUGCAAUUGAAGUCUUUGCUAGAUUCCAUUUUUUAACAUAUUUUCGCAAUUAUCUAAAAUUUCUAUCAUUAUGGUUGGCGCUUGAACCAGAAUGUAAACAAAAAAUUUCCAUUUUUAGAAACACUUGUAUGGUGUAACCCUUUGGCACCUCCACUUCCUAAAUGGUGCGUAUUUACAAUGGAGUGGGGUUGAUUCAACUCAAUUUAUUAAGAAAACGACCAGAAAAUUAACUUUGUGUAACUGUAGUGAAGUUACAUAAGGCAGCUUACAAUUUGUGCGUAUGUAAUUUUCCAGUCAUGAUUUAAAGACUAUGAAUAUCCCUGAAAAUCCGUUUUUUUUUAAUGUUAGCGACUUGGACAGAAAUCAACUAACACAGCUUGACCAACCAAAAGAUUCCACUUUGGUUGUUACUGUUGUUUUUAUAUGCGGGAUUCACAAAGCUCCCACCUCUACACAUUAAUAAGUAUCCGGAUGCAGGCGCACUAUGUCCUCAUGAUAAAAAUCAUUCCGUUUUGAUACUUAAGAAUUAACCCUAUCCAAAUCGGGAAGAGGGUAUUAAAGGCCGGGCCAGGUCACAUGCCGUACUAGGGCUGAACGGCUUAACAUUAGCCAUUGUUCUGCGCGACUUUACCUAAUUUUUCUAAUAGCUAGGUAAGUUUAAUGAUCAACGCGUAGCUAUAGUAGGUCCAGGAAUGUCUUUAAAUUCUGUUAUGCUCACAUUUUGCUUGUUUCAUUGUAUUCCUUAUAGAGCUCCGAAGAAAUAGCAUUUAUCGACUGUUGUAGCUUACACCCCCUGUAAUUAUGAAAUUUGAAAUUAAUACAAUAUGUAUUUGAAGAGUGACAAAGACGAUUAAACUACCCAUUUCGUAGUUCUACGAUUACUAAAGAGGAUGGUCUGAAUAGUUUAAAUGGUCUUUUUUUUUUCUGCAGUAGAGGCUGUGACAUUGCAUUAUUACCGUUUUACAGAGAAUUUUGUUGUAGUUUCUAAUGAAGGGUCUACACCGCCAAGUCGCCAAAUACUGCCUGGGCCACUUUACUUACAGGUCUAGCAGAAGUUAUAACUAAAGACCAGCUUUGAAUACGACGUGGAGUCGAUAGAAUCGACAUACGAGCCAUUUUUUGUUUUGGCUAUGCAAUUUUGAUGACAUCGCACUGUUAACAGUGUAAUGUUCAUUUUCUUCUGUUCUAAUGGAAAGAAAAAAGCGACAAGGAGGAGUGAGGAGAAUUUUUUUUGAACGCCAAAAUAUUAUUGUGUGUCAACAACCCCCUUGGUAGGAAAUAAUUUGAACAGAAAAAAUGAACAUUAAAGCACGGUAGACAGGAAUUAGCCUUAAGGCAAGUGAUAGGCCUGUCUUAAUUGAGAUAUGAUGUUGCUACCAUCUGUCAUUUAACGUGUGUAUCUCCUGAUGUUCAUCAUUAUGACCCAUGUAAGAAUUUUACUAUACGUUUGCUUUUACACAUUUACUCAUAUAUUCAUAGCAAAGGUAAUUCAAGAUUAGACCCCAGUCAUGUACAGUUGUAUGUCUUGCACUACUGAAAACGAACAUGUUUAUACCAUAACAUUCGCCAUGACUGUAGUAGACAGUCAUUGCCUCAUAAUUAACAAGUUGAAGAAAGAUCUCAUGUAACAUCCGCACGUAAACAUGUAAUUGGUAUCAAGACCAAAGUCUACAAGACUUACACAAUUAAGAAUGUAAAGACCAUCAACUGUACUCCUGUGAUGUCGGCAGAUGUCUGCCGUUUGUCAUUGAGACUGGAGAUGAAAACGUUAAGUU